GGGAGCUGCACCUCCCUGGUGGGAGGAGGCGGGCUGAGGCUGAGGGAUGCGGGAUGCGGGAUGGAGGAUGCGGGGCGGCGUCGCCCGAGGCGCUUUAAAGGCUCGCAGGCAGCGGGGGCGGCGGCGGAGCGAUGAGCGAGGUGAAGGUGGCCGUGCUGGGCGGCAGCGGAGCCGGCAAGUCGGCGCUGGCCGUGCGGUUCCUGACCCGGCGCUUCAUCGGAGAGUACGCGUCCGGCGGCGAAUGCAUCUACACCAAACACUUGUGCCUGGACGGGAGGCAGAUACACCUGGAAAUUUAUGACCCUUGUUCCCAGCCCCAGCAGGGGAAGCUGUCCCUGGCAGAUGAGCUCCACUGGGCUGAUGGGUUUAUCAUUGUCUAUGACAUCAGUGACAGAGCAUCCUUUGCCUUUGCCAAGGCACUGCUCUACAGGAUCAGAGAGUCCCACACAGCAGUUUGUAAAAAGAUGGUCGAGCCCUCAAUAUUUUUGGUCGGCAAUAAACAAGAUUUAUGCCACAUGAGGGAGGUUGGCUGGGAUGAAGGACAGAGGCUGGCAAUAGAUAACAAGUGCCAAUUCUGUGAACUGUCUGCAGCAGAGCACUACCAGGAGGUUGUGGCAAUGUUCACCAAGGUGCUGAGGAAUAUCACUGCCAAUUCCAAAGGGAAGGAGAAGAGACGACCAAGUGGCUCCAAGUCAAUGGCCAAGUUGAUCAACAAUGUGUUUGGGAAGAGGAGGAAAUCUGUGUAAGAGAUGGUUAGUCCUGAAGUUGGGACAAGCUGAGAUAAUGGAGCUGAGCUCUUGGGAUUCACUGAAUUUCCUCCAAAGGUCAAUAUGUGGAGGAGUAAGACAGUAGAAGCCAAAGGUGGGAGGCCGUAUGGUCUAGACCUGGAAGACCUGAACUUCAAUUUCAGCUCUGCUGCAGUUUUACUGCAUAGGAAAAUGCCAUUUAAACUGUAAACUGCUCCAGAGGAGAGUUUAGUCUGUAUUUAUUCAACACCAACAUGGUCUUGGGUAGAGCUUCUAGGUGCAACUAAGAUAUAAACAGAUAUAUCAUUUCACAGAUUCACUUCUAUUGGAAAAGAUCCUAAGUCAUCAAAUCCAGCCAUUAACCAAACACUACCAAGUCUACCACCAAACCACAUAAUAUCCAGUAAACUCAGCCUUGCUGAUCAAAAUCUUACUUCAGAAUCCUGAGUAGUGUUUUUUUUUUGUGUGUGUGCAAGAACAUUUGCACUAAGAAAAGCAAAGUACUGCAGCUUCAUGUGGUAGUGUAUUUGUAUUUAACUCAGGUCCUUGUGUGCCUUACACUUGCUGAAAUUCAUAUGAAUUCAAUGCUUAGACACCGAGUCUGCAGAAGGUGUUUACCUGCAGAGCUGCCUUGCAGAGGCACCAGAAGUAGGGAAGCAGAUACAUAAAGCAGCAUUGUCUCCUGUUUCAGUAUCUUUUUUCCUUUAUUCCAUGAGUGAUGAGAGAAAGUGGAGAGGGUUGAGGAGUGUGGGAGCUGAAACGUUGGUGAAAUGUUAAUCAGUGAGCACGGGGCUGUUUUGGCAAGGUGGUUGUUGAGUGAAAUAAUUUUGCAGCAAGGGCCAGCAGAAGGUUUGGGUUGAUCCCUUCCACAGAGCAGCUUUUGUCAGCUUUAACAAAAGAUUCAUUAGCUGCAAGGUGGGUGUGACUGCUCAAUCUCAGAUGGCAGCAGGAGCUUGGGAGGCUCAGGGACUGGUAAAGAGCACAAGUUCUCUAGGAUGUCUGCCUGGAUUUAAAGGUCAGCCUGCUGGUGAGACCUGUGUUCACAGAGAGUGUUUUUCCUAAUAACCAAUGUCCUUACAGCUGCUCAUGGCUGUGGUACUGAAAUACCACAGAGAGAGCACUGAGUACUGCUAGCUACACUUCUCACAUAUGGAUAUAUUAAACAUCAGAGAGGUGUAAAUGUGUUGUCAGUUGACAUUCAGAGCUCUUACUUUGGACAGCUAAAAAGGCUUAGCCCAGGGUGUUUGCAGGUGCUGUGCUCAUACAGAAAUUAUGAAAGGGAAGGGAAGAUGAAUUGCUGCCUCCUACCCACUCCAGGGGACAGCUGGGAUUCAGCCUUUGUAGGAUGCUGAGUUGAAGCCUACCUCUGCUCUGAAAUUUUACCUGCUUUGAAACUAAAAAGUUUCAGGAUUAUUAUUAUUUUUUUUUCCGUUUUUGAGUGUUCACCCAUAAGACAACAUAAAAAGGUUACAUAUAAUCUUAGCAGUAAGGUUGUAAAAUAGUACUAAAGCACAUUUUAUUGUGCUGACCAAAGAUCACUUUCUUUUUUUAAGCAAAAGAUACUGUUUAUUUCACUUGUUAUAAGACUGAAAACAUUGGAACAUAGUUCUCAGCUGACAGGCACUGCUCUGCCAUAUCAGGAGCAUUGCAUUUUAAGUGUAUGGUCAAUAUCUAUGAGACUGAACAUGCAGAUUUCUCAUGUACACCCCUCAGCUUCCCAGCCCACACAGGAUUCCAGAAAUACCAACAGACAGUUGUAGCUUUACCUUGCUCUAGCACUGCCAGAUUCCAGAACUCUGAUUUGUAUUUACUGCUCUGGUAUUAAAUAAACUGGAUAUAAGAUGGAUGUA